UUGUGUGUUUUUGUUUUGCAUUGUUUUGAGUUCAGUUCAAUUCAGUUGACUUGUGUUGAGUUCCAUUCAUACAAUCAUUUAUUCCUUCCUUAACAUUUCUACCUUUUCUUAUUCAUUAUUCACAAGUUACAACGCGUACCGUGCAAACGAUCAGCGAACGUACAUACGAUCCAGUUUUAUUUUUGCUGAAAUAUUAAUUAAAACAAAAAAAAAAAUAAAAAAAGAAACAUUGCAAAUAAUUUAAAAUAACAAAGAAUACAAACAAAACGAUUUUUUUAUAUUUUUUUACAAAAUUUGCCUGUCCUGCCCUAGUAAUAAGUUUCGUUCAUCGGUAGUUUAGCCGAUAAAGUAUUUUUUUGAUGUUAUCAGCCAGAGAUCAAUUUUUUACAGCGCCUUCGGCGGCGGAUAUUGGCCUGGGCGUUGAAGUUGUCAGUGAACCCCAGCCACCAGUUUAUAAUGCCACAACAAUGCCUUUGCUGGCAUCGAAUGGCCACCUCGAUCAUAAAAAUGCUGGACGUACGCCAGCUAAUUCACCCGUUGAAACACAACCUCCAACAACUAUAAAAUAUGAACUGGCCAAAGAUGGUGGACGUUUUUCGAAUUUACCCACACGUGAACCGAUCGAUAUGGAAUUUAAAAAUCUAUCGCUAACAGUUAAUUUGGGAUUUAGACGAGGAAAUAAAGAAAUUUUACACAAUGUUUCGGGAAAAUUCCCUGGCAGUCAACUAAUUGCAAUUAUGGGACCCUCGGGUGCUGGUAAAUCAACACUUUUAGAUGCAUUAUCCGGUUUUAAAACAACAGGUGUAGAUGGUUCAUUAUUAGUAAAUGGCAGACGUAGAGAUUUAGCCACUUUUAGACGCAUGUCCUGCUAUAUUACACAAGAUGAUCGUUUACAACCUUUGUUGACGGUUAAUGAAAAUAUGCACAUUGCAGCCGAUCUUAAAUUGGGACGCAAUGUUUCAUAUGAGGAAAAAGAAUCCAGAAUAGAAGAUAUUUUAUUAUUGUUGGGUCUGUAUGAACAUGAUCAAACCAUGACAAACCGUUUAUCGGGCGGCCAAAAGAAGAGGCUCUCUAUUGCAAUGGAACUUAUUAAUAAUCCAACUGUGAUGUUUUUGGAUGAACCCACAACAGGUCUAGACAGCAGCUCUUGCACCAAAGUUUUAGAGUUAUGUAAAAAACUUGCCCAACAAGGACGUACCAUCAUUUGUACUAUCCAUCAACCCACAGCCAAAUUAUUCCAAAUUUUCGAUCAAGUCUAUGUCUUAGCUGCUGGUAAUUGUGUCUAUCAGGGCGGCACUGAAAGUUUGGUGCCAUUCUUACAAACUGUCGAUUUACCCUGUCCCAUGUAUCACAAUCCUGCCGAUUACAUCAUAGAAUUAGCCUGCGGUGAAUACGGCCAAGAUAAGGUUGAAACAUUAAUAUCAGCAUCUGAAAAUGGCAAUUGUUUAACGUGGUUCAACAAUCCUGAUAGUAUAUUAAAAUCCGAAGAACUAAUGCGUAAAUACCCGAUACCGAAAAAGACGAAAAAGCGCUCUUUGGAAGAUACCAGUUAUUUUAAUCAGCUGUCGGUUUUAAUGCAUCGUGGUUACAUCAAAGCCAAACGUGAUACAACUUUGACCCAUUUGCGUAUAGGUGUCAAUGUGUUUGUGGCCAUCAUAUUGGGUGCAGUGUAUGCUAAUUCGGGCAAGGAGGGUUCUCGGGUGAUAGACAAUUAUAAUUUAUUAUUUGCUAUAUUAAUUCAUCAUUCCAUGACUACAAUGAUGUUGACGGUCCUAACAUUCCCCAUUGAAAUGUCUAUAUUACUAAAGGAGCACUUCAAUCGUUGGUAUUCUUUGAAAGCCUAUUAUACAUCAAUCACAUUACUGGACCUUCCCAUAUCGAUUGUUGGUAGUUUAUUAUUUACCGUGAUAAUUUAUCUGUGGAGUUAUCAGCCCAUGGAAUGGUUCAGAUUUUGGAUGUUCUUUGCCAUUAGUGUUCUUACUGUGUUUGUGGGUCAAAGUUUUGGUUUAAUGGUGGGCGCCUGGUUUGAUGUGGUGAACGGUACAUUCUUGGCUCCCGUAUUAACCAUACCCAUGAUGAUGUUUGCUGGUUUCGGUGUAACGCUGCGUGACAUGCCCGGUUAUUUGCAAUGGGGCAGUCAUAUUUCGUAUCUGCGCUAUGGUUUAGAGGGAUUUGUCGGUGCCAUUUGGGGUGAAAAUCGGGGAACAUUGGAGUGCGAAGAGGCACCCUACUGCCAUUAUCGUUACCCCCGUAAAUUCUUGGAGGAAAUUACCAUGCGUGGCGAUCAAUUCUGGAAUGAUAUUAUUGCUUUGUGUGUAAUUGUUCUUAUAUUUAGAAUAGCUUCAUUUGUAAUACUUAGGGCCAAACUUAAGUCGGUUAAGUAAAUUUUGUUUAUUUUUUUAAAUGUUUGUGCAAUAAAGUAAUUAAUGCAAUUUUAAAUUGUACAUAUGUCUGUAAUUAUGUACUAUAUGUAGUUUUAAUUAAUUCUUUUUUAUAAUUAUCAUAAUUUUAUUUCUUUAAUUGCUCUUUUAUACAUUAAAUUAAAUUUUGUGUGUAUUUUACUUGUACUACUCUUAUUUUAAUAAUUAAUGUUUGUUAGUCAUUAUUAUUAUUAUUAUAAUUAUAUUAUUUCGAAAUUGUUUUCAUUAAUUUUUAAGUUACAAAAAACACACAAACAUUAAAUUAAUUAAAAAUUGUAUGAAUAUAUCGUCAUACUAAAACGUUCAUUAAAAGAUUGACAAAUAAAUGUUUUGUGAACGUGUAAUUAAAUAAAUAACAAUUGUAUGUAUGAUUGUUUGUAAAGUUUUUUUUAAAUAUAUUUAAAUGAAACAAAUAACUUACAAAA